CAGGCGAUACACUGGACCUCAGUGGCAUGGCGUAUGCAGAAGGCGCGGAACUAGAUACCGGGAAGCAAUGCCUACCCGGGACGCGCACGGAAAUCUUGUCGGAGAUCACGGACUGGGUCAGCAGGACCGGAGACGAUGUCCAGCGUGUGUUCUGGCUAUCUGGCCCUGCAGGCAAGGGCAAGUCAGCCAUCGCCCACACGAUUGCCAACUGGUUCAACAAUGUGGGCGGGCUCGGUUCGUGUUACUGCUUCGAUCACCAGCGAGACGCUGAGCGUCAUCAUGAAAAGAUUCUUCUACAUCGCGCGCGGACCGUGAUCCGGAGAUGAGGCGAGCAUUGGCAGAGGCAGAUGAGAAUUCGCUGAAGACUACUACAGCGGACAUCGUUCAGCAGUGGAACAAGCUUCUGAUGAAACCACUGGCAUUCGCUCGUUUCAUUUUUGUUCGUCUCUUGGGCUAUGCUUGCUCGGGAUAGAUAGCAUUAUUUAUGAUAAGUUUAGGCGUAAUUUAUCAUCGUAUGCGCAUGGCGUUCUGCAAGCCCGUCUUGA